AUGACCUUAGACCUUACAAUUCUGGAAUCGCGGCUGCUUACUGCAUUGUUGGAAAACGAAUAUGAGUCGGACAUUAACCUGCUUAGGGUAAAAUUAAAAGAAUUGGAAGGCGUUGUGCGGAAUCAAGAUGAAGUUAAUCGCCGACUUAUCGAGGAGAAUGUAUUUUUUAAAUCAAAGUUAUUAUUCCUGGAGAAGCUAGUGCUUAAUAUGUCCCAAGACUAUCAGAACAAAGGUAGUGGAUCAG